UUCUUCAUCUCAACAUUCUUCAGCAGGACAAAGAGAGGAGAAAAAUCUUCUCUUUCAGAACAACUUCAUCGUCUUCUCUUCAUCAUUCCUUCUCAUCCGCCCUGCAACAAUGUCCGCAUCACUCAUGUCCCUGACCUCACCGCCCUCUGCUCCCUCUUCUAUCUCCACCAAGCUCUCCUUCAUCCCCUUCUCGAUCCCCUUCCCUUCUUCCAGCCAGCACCGCCCAGCACCCAACAGGUCCUACUCCCUCUCGCUCAAGUCCCAGCCCGCCAUUGUUGCCUCCCUCAGCCUCCUCUCCCUUCCGAAGCACCGCUUGUUCUCUGCCGCGUUCGAUGGCUUUGAGGCCGAGGGUGGUGACAGCACGGAUGUCUCCGGGGAGGAAAGCCCAGAAACAGAGGAGUACGGGAGCCAGGUAGAAGAUAGCCAGGAAGAAGAGGGGCAGAAGGUGUCAGGGUCCGGCGAGUACGGGAGGCUGUAUGUCGGGAAUUUGCCGUAUUCUAUGACCUCUUCGCAGCUCCUAGAGGUUUUUCAAGAGGCUGGUCGUGUUGUAAAUGUGGAGGUUGUGUACGACAGAGUCACCGACAGGAGCAGAGGUUUUGCAUUUGUUACCAUGGGGAGCAUAGAAGAGGCUAACGAGGCGAUCCGAAUGUUCGAUGGAUCGCAAGUUGGAGGCAGAACAGUUAAGGUAAACUUCCCGGAAGUGCCGAGAGGAGGCGAGAGAGAAGUAAUGGGCCCGAAGAUCAGAAGCAGCAAUCGUGGCUUCGUGGACAGCCCACACAAGAUCUAUGCAGGGAACCUCGGGUGGGGUUUGACCUCACAGGGCCUUAGAGAUGCAUUUGCAGACCAACCGGGGCUUUUGAGCACAAAAGUCAUCUAUGACAGGAACUCAGGAAGGUCACGAGGAUUUGGCUUCAUAUCCUUCGAGUCUGCAGAGGCUGUGGAGUCAGCUUUAAAUGCGAUGAAUGGAGUGGAGGUGGAAGGGAGGCCUUUACGGUUGAAUUUAGCGGCGGAAAGAGCAUCAUCUCCUCCUCCUGUACAAAGCAAUGCUGAGAGCAGCCCUGAGGGCUCCGAGUUGGCGUCAAGUAUCACCGCCUGAUCUUAUAAUUGAAGGCAUUUUGAUAUUUUGAGACGAUUUUGUCGGGCUCCCUCACAGUUGUUUCUUGGGAAAUCUUGAACCAGCCAACUAAUGCUCCAGCAUUAUACUGCUCGCCAAUCAGACCCUGCUGCCGAUGCAAGUUGAAGCCCUAAUAGAUUGAUGAGCUCCUGGGGGUUCCGUAAUUUUAGGAGGCAUGAUAUGUUGAUAAGCAUUUGUUAUCGACAGUUCAUUAAGAGAUUUCUUGAGUGGGAUAUGGCGUUACGUCCCUCUUUCAGGAUAUCUCACGGUUUCGACUUGUGAAAAUUGACAACUACCUGAUAGAUUUUACAAUUUGGCAGUCCUCUUAUGAAAGGUAAGGAGAAUGAAAUAUUGGUUCAGCUUCGA